AUGUCCAAAGUUUUUUUCGAUAUAACCGCUGGCGGCAAGCCAAAAGGCAGAAUUGUUUUCAAGUUGUACAACGAUGUGGUGCCCAAAACAGCAGAAAACUUCCGUGCCUUAGCCACUGGUGAAAAAGGCAAUUCUUCCGUUUCUGGAAAACCUCUUCACUACAAAGGAAGCAUCUUCCAUCGUGUGAUCAAAGACUUCAUGUGCCAAGGUGGUGAUUUCACACACGGCACAGGUGUUGGUGGCGAGUCCAUUUACGGCGAAAAGUUUGAAGAUGAAAACUUCAAGUUGACCCAUGACAAGCCAUUCUUGUUGUCCAUGGCCAAUGCCGGUCCCAACACAAACGGGUCACAAUUUUUCAUCACCACGGUGCCUACGCCGCACUUGAACGGCAAGCAUGUGGUGUUUGGUGAGGUGAUCCAAGGAAAAUCCAUUGUGCGCCAAAUGGAAAGAUGCGAAAAGGGCGCUAACGACAAGCCGGUGGAAGACUGGGUGAUUGCAGACUGUGGUGAGCUUCCUGCCGACUACGAGCCAGAGACCAAUACUGUGGCCGACGACGGAACAGGAGACAUUUAUGAAGAGAUCAUGGCCGACGACGAUAAAGUCGAUGCAAGCAAGCCCGAGUCUGUGUUUGCUGCUGUGAACUUUUUGAAAGACUUGGGUACCAAGCUCUUGAAAGAGGGCCGCGUGGACAAGGCGUAUGAAAAGUACUCGAAGGCUGCGGGUUACUUAAAUGACUUCUAUCCGGAAGAAUUAUCGGAGGAGCACACUAAGGAAAAGGCCAAUUUGAGCAUUUCGUGUUCUUUGAACGCGGCAUUGGCUGCCUUGAAGAUGAAGGACGGAAAGAAGGCAAUCAAGGCUGCCGACGAAGCUCUUGCAUUCCCAGAAAUAGACGAAAAAGGAAAGGCCAAGGCAUGGUACAGAAAGGGUUCGGGUUAUCUUCUUGUGAAGGACGAGGACAAUGCGGAGAAGGCGUUUGAAAGUGCCCUCCAGUUCUCUCCUAACGACGCUGCAGUGUUGAAAGGUCUUCAGGAUGUGAAAAACUUGGCUAAGAUCCGCAAAGAGAAGCAGAAGAAGGCCAUGUCGAAGUUUUUCAGCUGA